AUGAGAUGCCAAUCUUCACUGCCCUUUCAAGAAAGAAACAAAACAGCAGAGGCUGCAAAAAUGGCAAAUACUGAGAAGCGACUCCGCAUUCUGAUUGCAGGCGCAGGUAUUGCGGGGCUGGCAACCGCUAUCUCACUUACGCGCAUAUCUGAGAUCGCAAAUCUAGAUAUCCAGCUGUAUGAGCAAGCCGCAGAGCUGCGGGAAAUUGGAGCCAGCAUUGCUCUCAGUCCUAAUGGCUUGCGGACGCUGGAGAAGCUUGGCAUUGACGAGGCUUUGGGCGAUGAGCUUGGAUUCAGAGGACCAAGUGGAAUACCUCAAAUAUAUAGGCAUUGGAAGACAAACCAGGUAGUAUCAGUAGAUACUUUUGGCAAUGUUCCUGAUCGUCGACACCAGACGGCGAGGUUUCACAGGGGACACAUCCACGCAGCCUUGGCGAAACAUGUUCCCAAAGAAUGGAUUCACCUCAAUAAGAAGAUUUCUCGUGCCGAAAGUAAUGAUGAUGGUGUGGCGCUCCAUUUCGAGGAUGGUUCCAGUGCCUACGGGGACAUUUUGAUAGGGGCAGAUGGAAUUCGAUCUCAAGUCAGAGCAUCUUUCUAUCCCGACUAUAAGCUGAGGUUCAGUGGAAAAGUGUUUAUGAGAUCUACAUUUGAUGCAUCCCUAGUAGAGGGCAAAAUUCCCGAUUUGCCAGCUGACGCCGCUCAUUGGUGGGGGACGAAUGACUCAUUUUUCUCUUCUAGACUUGGCAAGGGACAAUACACCGUUGUUGGUGCAUACGACGACGGGCGCAGUGCUGAAGAGUUGGAAAGGUCUGUGACGUGGGACCAGGUUGGCAAUGUUCAAUUCUUAAGAGAAAAAUACAAGGACUGGCAUCCUGUUAUUAAAGCUCUAACAGAGCUGACGCCCCACGCUCGCCUCUACCCCAAUUAUGCGGGAGAAUCCCUCCAGACGUGGGUGCCAGCUUCACGAGUUACUCUGGUGGGCGAUGCGGCGCACACCCAUGGAGGCGCGUUUGCUGCGGGUGGUUCGCUGGCUCUCGACGACUCUCGUGCUCUUGGGCUGGCCUUUAAGCAUGUUUUUGCUGCCGGUGGCUCUUCAUUUUCUCCGGAAAAUAUCCAACAAGCAUUGAAGCUCUAUGACCAAACGCGAAGACCGCACACGGCACGCUUAUUGAGCAUUGUUCACGGCUUGAUGAAUCGUAAAGCCCCGACUUUUGCGACGCCGGAAGAGGAAGAUGAAGCUCUCAGAAGUAGAAUGAGGAGCAGACCUGAUCUUUUGUGGCUAUCCGAACAUGAUGUUGAGAAAGCAUUCCAGCAAGUGGUUGCAGAGAGCGAACAGCGUAAUUUAGAUACUCAGGGCACGACAAGGGCCACGCAACCGUACCAGAAGGCAGAAAGUGUUGUGGCAUCAUCAGCUUUGGGAAGCAAGUUAUAG